GAUAAUUAAGAUGAUAUGAAUAUAUCUAUGCUGCACAUCCAUCUGAUUCGUUCUUUGAUCUUACAUUUCUGUAUUCAUAUUGGAGAAUUUGCAGGCAAUAAUUUUAUCACAACCUGGAAAAAUCAUAUUGUCUAUAAUUUUCGUUUAUGAGUUUAGAUUAAAUAGUGACACGAGCAGAUAUCAGUUGACAUUUCCGGUAUUUGAAGUGAAUGCCAUGUCAUCCUUAUAUGGCCUUUACCUGGAAGUGUAAUUAUUGCAAAGGAAAUUGAUUUCAACGUCAUCAUCGUUGCGCUGUGCAGUCAGUGAAUUGAAUUUCAAUCUUGGAUAAUCCUGCCUUUCAUGACUGUUUUGCGAAGUCAACAAUAUUUCUGUCCAAGAUGCUGGAAGAGGCGCUUCACGAUCUGACGGGGUUAAAGACCUUGGAGGAGAUCCCCACACUCAUGACACUUGGACAAGGAUUCAUCAGUGAAUGUAGGAGUUUCCAGAGUGAGAAGGGACAAUUCUUUGCCAAGAUGAACAAGAAAAGUCGGGCAAGGACAAUGUUUGAAGGUGAAAAGGCAGGCUUGAACGCCAUAUUAGCCACUGGACUGGUCCGCUGCCCGAGACCUAUCGAGAUCUACGACCUCAAGGAUGGUCCAGGAUCUAUCUUCGUCAUGGAAUAUAUGGAAUUGAGAGAUCUUGAUCGGUAUGCUGCCACGUUGGGUGAAGCUAUCGCAAGGUUACAUCUCCACAACAGUCGUCUGAAGAUGAAAGAGGAAAAGCACGAAGGCAGGAUCGGUGGGGUCCCAGUUUCGCGUCCUACAAACAUGCAGGAUGUAAAUGGGGAAGAUGUUGAGGAGGAAACCCAACGAUCUGUCUCUCAGUUUGGAUUCCACACCACAACCUGCGGAGGAUAUCAACCUUUAGAUAACACAUGGUCGGAUAAUUGGAUGAAUUUCUACGUCCGCCAAAGACUAAAGCCUAAAGUAGACAACAUUGAACGAAAGUAUGGGGACCGCACACUCAUGGAACUGUGGCCGCGUCUUUUAGCGGUUAUACCGAGGUUGUACCGCGGUAGUGACAACAUCGUCCCUGCCUUACUUCAUGGUGACCUCCACGGGGGAAACGUCGCAGAGACAACGACGGGGCCAGUGACAUACGAUCCCGCUUGUUUAUACGGGCAUCACGAGUUGGACCUUGCAGAGACGCGAGACUUUGUCGACUUCAACCAAGAUUUCUACCCAGCCUAUUACCGACUGGUUCCCAAAGCAGAGGGUUUCGACGAGAGGGAAAAACUCUAUAAAAUAUUCCAUUAUCUCAACAACUGGAGUCACUUUGGACCCAAGUAUAAAGACAAAGUAACAACGCUCAUCGGUGAGCUAGUGGAAAAGUGACCAUGUAAUGCUUUACAUGUAUAUUCCACAUAUAAAAUACUGAUAUGCAAAUUAUACAGUCUAAUAUAAAAUGUGGUACUGCAUUUUAAUAUAUCUCAUUGUGAAUAUUAUAUCAUAUCAUCCUUAUAUCAAUGUACAGUAGAUAUUUUAUGUAUUUCCCAACCGCCUUUAAGUAUUUAAUUGUAUAGGUAAUUGUGUAUUUAAUUGUGCCAUUUUCAUUUUUAUGCUGUCAAUAGUCCAACUGUCAUGGUGCAAUAAACAAAUAAAUAGAUAAAUAAAUCAAUAAAUGAUAUCCAAUAUCUAUAUUAUUCAAUCAUAAUUGGACAUUUCUUCAGUAUCCAAUUUUUUUUAUCAAAGAGAAGUUUUUACUAAUAAAUUAUUUAAACUAACAGAUGCGACCCUUUUUGUAAAAAUGUCAUAAUGAUUGCUAUCGCUAUUAUUAUUAUUGUUAUAAUUACUGUUAUUAUCAUCUGAUAACAAGACAUGAGGACAUACAAAUAAGUAAUCAAUUAACAUGAUUAAUUGCCUUUUGGGCAAUUGUAAACAAAUUAAAUUAGAAAAAUUAUUUAAUUUGAAGAAAAAAAACCUUUCACAUAUACAUUGGAUAUCAUUACCAUGCCAAUUCUACCCCACUGUUUAAAAAACUGAAGUCUCUUUUUAAUUUUUUGUCUUAUUUCUCUAUUAUACUAAUUGGUAUCGUUUAGUUUAAGAAUAAACUACCUGUUCAUCCUCAAUCAACACUGCUACAAACAUCUGUGUUGAUUUAACACUAGCCCAGAAUCUAUAUAUGUCCACACCAGAGAAGUGUUAAACUACACCAGUUUGGUUUUGGUCUAACACCAGAUAGGGUUUAUACAACACCAAUUAGUAUUAAAACAGCAUGGGUUUGAUUCCAAACUGGUGUUGUUUCAAUACUUCUCUGAUGUGGACAUAUAUAGAUCCGAACACCGGAGUUUUUGCAGUGCAGAUACAUGUUUCUUAAAAUUAAAGUCUGUAUUUCAGUUGAUGUUUGCUCAUAAUAUACAUGUAUGUGAAGCACAAUAUAAAGAUGCAUCAUUAUUAUUGGGUUACAAGGUGAAAUAAUAAUUGUCUUUCAUUAUAAUUUAUAAAAGUACUGUUCAAAUUUAAGAAUAUAAGAUGCUGCGUAAUUGUGAUAAGCAAUUCAUUUUUCAACAAAUCUUCAUUCCUUAUUUGAUUUGAUUUGACUUUAUUUUACAUAUUUCACAAGUACAAACAACAAUAUGAAAACAAUAUCAGAAAACUCACGAGAAUACAAAUCAGACAAGGCAUAACAAUUAAUUCAAAUUAAAGAAAAUAGCGAUUUGGAAUUAAAGACAAUUUAAAAGAAUGAAAUAUGAGGGAACCUGCAUAAAAAAGCAAAGCUUGUUAAGUCUGCAGGAUCCAGAAAAAAUAUCAGUCUUAAUGAGUAGGAGAGGACAGGUAAGUAAAUUGAUUAUAAUAAAGUAAUGCCAAAAUGUGACAAUUGUGGAUAUGUAAGGAAUACAAAAAAAUAAAUAAAAAAAUAAAAAGGAGUCUGCCACUCUAUGACUAUUAUUUAUUUCUCAUUACUCAUUACUCAGCCAGAGUAAUUUGUCUAUAUUUGGUUAAAAUUAUGUUAAGGUACUUGCCAUACUUUUCUCUUGAUGAAAUGCAUACAAAUUUAGGUCAUUUUACUUUCACAAUGUAUCAAACAUGUAAUAACUAAGGGAUAUAAUAUCAAAUGUUUAUAAAAGUGGGCGCAUCGUGGUCUAGUGGUUCUGACUCUCGCCUUUCAAACAGAGGGUUGUGAGUUCGAAUCCUAGCCAUGGCCGUGUUUUCCUUCAGCAAGAAA